AUGAAAAUAAUACCUUUUUCAAAUAAAUAUACAAACUUCGUAAAUGAUAAAGACAAAGUAAUUUGUUUUAGUAAAUAAUCCUAAUAAUGUUCAUUAUACAAUCUAACAUUAUCCAAGAUUAUCAGAAAAUUUAAUCUGAAAAAACAACCGAAAUUAAUGCAGAUAAUAGAUAACAACAAAUUACUGAUAGGAGAAUAAAAUGGUGAUAUUUAGAUAAUUGAUAUAUCUACUGCAAAGUUGAUAACAAAUCUUUCUAAUCAUGCCUAUUAAGUUGUACAGAUAAUACCAUUUGAAGAUCAAUAUAUGAUUACUAUGUGCCAGAAUAAGGAAGCAAGAAUAUGGGAUUCAAAGAAUUUGAAAUAGAUAUUCAAGAUCAAUCAUUAAACUGCUGUAAAGCAAAUAUACUUUUCAAAAAAUGGAUAAAAGGUGAUUUUAGUAGCGUAUGAUUGUUCAGUUAAAAUAUUUUCAACUUAAACAGGAGAAAUUAUAAAUUAAAUAAAUCACAACAUUUAACAAGUUUAUUACAUUAAAUAUUUUUAAUAAUUUGAUUAAUGUUUGAUAGCUUAUUAAAACAAAUAAGAUAGGCAGGUUCUUUUGUGGGACAUACAAGAAUUUACAAAUAAAUAAAUUCUCUAGGGAUUUAAUAACAGGAUACAAGAUGUAUAUUUUAAUUCAAAGAGUAAAAAAAUAUUAAUUUCAAAAGAUCUCGAUUUAGCAGUGAUUCCUUCCAAUUCAAAUAAAUUGAUUAUAUAUAAUAUAUUGUCUGAAGAAAUCAGAGCAGAGAUUAAAGGGCUAGCUCAUUAAAACAAAAUUAAUGUGGAAUUUACUAAAAAUAACCAUCUCAUUAUUGAUGAUCAAUAGCACAUUUUAGUCUAUACCGAAAAUGGAAAAUUUAAUUAAACCUUAUUUACAUUUAAUGAGAAUUAGAUUAAAUACUUAUAAAUCAUAGCAAAUUAAAGUCGCAAUAAUAAUAGGCAGAGCAUCUAAAUGAAUGAUUAAAAAAUAACUCAAGACGAUGAAACAAAUCAAAGUUAGAUUUGGCUUCAUACACCCUCUUAUUUAGCACCUAUAAGCUGA